GGAAAUAUACAAUUAUUAUGGAUUAUAAUCAAAAAUCAAUUUCCAUUCUAUGGAUUUUCAAAAAUUUUUCCAGUGCUGUCUACUAAGUGCAGUGAACAAAAUGGGUCUGUACCAGAGGAGGCAAAUGUGGAUUUAUUUACAUAUUUAGAGCAGAGAGAUUGUUAUCAAGGUUGCAAAGGAUGCAGUUUAAGGAAUUCUGCGUUGGUAGUUUUGUUGAAGUUACGUACGCUGAUCAGUAUGCGACUGGUGGUUCUAACAGGUUAAUAAUUAAGAUUGAUUGUAGCACGAUAUAUAACUGCUUUGUUCUUUAAAACCUCCCUGGAAAUAUUACACUUUUACGCAACUGAGUUGCUAAAGACGUAUCUGAAAUGUCUUCAAGUCGAAGACUACUUGACUUCAUGGGGUGCCUCUUUGCCAUCAUAUAACAUAAUAGUUUUAUAAAACAUAAUGCAAAACAUAAAAGUUCUAUUAUUCUUUAGGUUCCGUGGAAUUUGCAUUUAUAAAGGCCAUUGGCAGAAUAGUUUGGGUGCUUCAUUCACUUUGAGAAAUGUUAUUGACAAUGAACCUUUGGAAAUCAACUUUCAACUUUAUUCUCCUCUCAUCCAAGAACUGAAAGUGCUGAAGCAUCAGAAAUUUAAAGAACACCAGUUGAAAUAUUUACGAGACUACCCGCCGGCUUUCAGUUACGUCAGUGAGAAGAUGAAAGAGCAACCGUACACUGAGGAACCAGAGCUCUUUGAGUUUAAUGAGGAACAUAGAAAGAAAAUAGAUCGAUGGUUUUCCUAGAAUCGCCUCCUUGCUGCAUAGGAAGUCUGCUAAACAGUGCAAAGCUAGAUGGUAAGCUAUUAAAUGUAUUGCCAGCACUGUAAAACAACCUCAUUGAAUCACCAAUUGGGCAAGAAAAUUCUUAUCUCUGUUUAUAUUUAAUGCAGGUAUGAGUGGUUGGAUCCUAGCAUUAAAAAGGUAAAAUUAAAACUUCACUGCUAGAACUAGAAUUAUAAGAUAUAAAGAUAAAAACUAUAGCUGUUGGAAAUAUAUUCCCAAAAUUCAUUAAGAGUCAUCGGGUAAUACACCCUUCUGAAAAGUACAUCACUAAGGGCCAUUCCAUUUAAAAUCCACACCCCCCCUACGGAUGAGGUCAGUAAAAUUUUAACCCCUAAGAAAAAAAGAUCAAAGUGCCGACACAAAACACCCCUCAGAAAUUUGUGAAUUUUCCCCUUACCCCUCAGAAAAAUCGCAGAGAUCAAAGGAUGCCGACAGGCUUAACCCCUCAGAAACGACUUUUCGAGUCACCCUUCAGAAAAAGGGGGGGGGGGGUGGACAUUAAAUGGAAUGGCCCUAAGCCUGAUGUCACAAUCACAAAAACGAGACUCUAUAGCGAAGAUGACUUACUUUCUGGAAGCGUGUACCACAUAUGCGGUGACAUAAUUCGUGAAUGACGCUUGCCUUUGGCUCGCAUCUAUAUAAUGACAUGGCCCUCUUAUUUGGUUUCUUACCAAUCAUAUUUCCCCAGACGGAAUGGAGUCGGGAAGAAGAUGAAAAACUUCUACAUCUUGCCAAACUCAUGCCAACACAAUGGAGGACAAUUGCACCACUGAUUGGUCGUACAGCGUCGCAAUGUCUCGAGAGAUACGAGUAUCUCCUGGAUCAGGCCCAGGCUAAAGAGGGAGAAGAGACUGGGGACGACCCUCGGAAAUUGAGGCCAGGGCUUGAAAUAACAGCUGACCUCCGAUCAGUGGCCAGCAAGAAAUGAUUUAUGAUCGGCGAAAAAACAUGGUUUCAACCAGGAAAGGCAGGGAGACUAACGAUUACCAUGAUCGGGAACUUUGCUCGUCCGUUGUAUGACAAUGAAAUAUUUGAUUAUGUAUUUUUGCUUUUUCAGAAUAAAGAAACAUAAACGAAGGAAGCGUGGUGUGGAUUAUAAUGCUGA